AUGGCCAUAGCCAUGUUUUCCUCCGUUUGCCUUUUUUGCUCUUUUCUAUUUCAAUCUUUUGUCAUCCUCCAAACCAAAAUCAUGAAACUUCCCAUCUUAAUAUUAACCACGAGAAGAGAGGAAGGAACAAAACAAGAGAAGAUGAGCAUGGAGCAAUAUUUGCCUCGAGAAUUGGUAUCCAACAUCCUCUCAAGGUUGCCGGCGAAAGACUUGCUGAAAUGCAAACGCGUGUGCAAGUCCUGGUUCGAUCUCUUAACUGAUCCUCAUUUUAUCUCCAAUUACUAUGUUGUUCACAACAGUCUUCAAAGCCUAGAGAAGCAUCUCUUAGUCAUUCGCAGACCCUUUCUUUCAAAUCUUAAAACUUCUAUUUCUCUUCUUUCUUGGAAUGCAAAUGAUUCAAAAAACCUUGUUUCUUCUGAUGUUUUGAACCCUUCUGAAUACAACUCUGAACACAAGUACUGGUCUGAAAUCUCGGGUCCUUGCAAUGGCAUAUACUUCCUUGAAGGCAAUCCAAAUGUUGUGAUUAACCCUUCUUUGAGACAGUUUAAGGCUUUGCCUGAAUUCUAUUUAAGCGGUUCCAGCAAGACUUAUUCUUUGAGUGACCAUUCUGGGUUUGGCUUUGACUCCAAAACUAAUGACUACAAAGUUGUUGUGAUAAGGGACAUUUGGUCGAAGGAAACAAAUGAAAGAAAACCUGGGCACUGGACAGCUGACUUGUACAGCCUUAAUCACAACUCUUGGAGAAAACUUGGUGCUGCUAUCCCAUUUCCAAUUGAAAUUUGGAGUUCUUCUUGGGUUUAUACAUAUGUUAACAAUUGUUGCCACUGGUGGGGCUAUGUUGAUGACUCAGGAAGAAGAGAAGAUUGUGUUCUAGCAUUUGACAUGGUUAGUGAAUCCUUCAGGAAGAUAAAGGUACCAAGAAUACGUGGUUCUGCAAAGGAAGAAUUUGCAACUCUUGCACCCUUUAACGAAUCUGCUACUAUUGGUGUCAUUGUUUAUCCUGUAAGGGGACAAAAGAAGCCCUUUGACGUUUGGGUAAUGAAGGAUUAUUGGGACGAAGGGUCUUGGGUUAGGAAAUACAGUGUUGAACCCAUAGAAGAGAUUCACAAGCUUGUGGGGUUUUAUGGGAGCAAUCAAUUUCUUUGGAGCAGCCGCGACGAGGGAUUGGUGUGGCACGACUGUGAACCUGAGACGGAACAAAUGAAGGAUCUUCAAGUACAUGGAAAAAACGGGUCGUUAAGAGCGGCUAGAUACAUGGAAAGCCUUGUUUCACUUAAAAGGGGAAAUGAGUUCAGUUGGCAAUUAGUUUCAUGUAGCAUGGUUCCUGACCAUCUAUUAGAUCCAAGGAAAUGA